AUGGCAGAUGUAUCGUUAAUAUCGUACACUGCUUUGGUCUGUUUGGGCCUUUUUGUUAGUGAUUUUCUAAAGUCCGGAGAUCAGUCUCUUCAAAAUAACAUGUCUUCGGAAGAAGCAACCACAAAAAAAGAGAUAAGUUACAAGAAGACUUUCCAGCAAUAUGCCCAAGCCAUCCAUGAGAACCACCAUGAUUCGUUGAUCAUUAAAGGAGAGGAGUAUCCUGCUCCCCCUCAUCGUUUAUACCCAGCUAAAUUUUUAAAUAUUUCAAAAUUGUUUUUCAUCGUUUGCAUUAUUCUCUCCAUAAAUCCAUUUCUUUGGUUCAAUCUACCCACUCCUAAUUUUUACUACACUGCUCUUCAGAAUAAGAUAUAUUCCUGCCUGAUGCUUUUCUUCUUUGUUGGUUUUAUAGAAGGUUUCAUAAUGUCAACUGGAGCCUUUGAAAUCUACUUCAAUGACAUGCCAAUAUGGUCAAAAUUAGAGUCAGGCAGAAUACCAACACUUAGUGAACUGUUUGGCAUGAUUGACUCUCAGCUCAAACUCUACAGAUCAAAUAAAGAAUUCAGAGAUGACGACCCUCUAUAAUUAAUUCUUAAUCAAUUAAAUAUAAUUAAUAAUUACCUAAUUAUAGUUAAUUGAAUGUAGUUAUUGAUUAUGUAAUUAUAUAUGGUAAAAUUUUUCAAUGUAUGCCAUAUGUUGUUUUUCUGUGUUAUUAAUCUGUUUAUAGUGUAUUUGAUCUAAAAAUCUAAAUAUUUAUUUGAUUUAAUAAUGAAUAAUCGUAUUUAAUUCGAUUUGUAUGCUAACGUUGUACACUAAAUGUUUGUACAGUACAUAACGUUUAUUCACUAUGUACCCGUCAUUAUUUGGUAUUUUUUUUAACUUUUAGACUAUAAUUUCAUUAAAACUGUGGGGCCAUUUAUGAAGGUGCCAUGACAAAAGCGGUGAAACACCGCAGUCUGUCGUCUGAUGAGUUCAUGCUCGUAAAAAUUCCUGCUCUUUCCACUAAUUUUUGCAUUUGGAUGGCGUGAAAUUUAGUGGAAAUUGAUACAGGUUCUUACGGCUUGAACUGGCUCGCAGUUUUAGAAUGUACUUGUUUUACAUAUCGUUUACUACUUUGUGUGUUGAUUGUGAAAAA